AUGGACAACAGGCCAGCCGCCCCAAAAUUCGCAUCUUUCAAGCCCAAGCCUCGAGAACCACCAGCCUCUUCUGAGCCCCUCGUGUCAAACGAGGCCACCGAACCUGAGAAGACCCGACGUGUUCCAAAAUUCUCCUCCUUCGCGCCGGUGCCAGAGAGUUCAUCAAAGACUUCUAGUUCGGAUGCCGCAAAGGCGCUUGAGAAGGACCAUGGUAGAGGCGGGCGUGACCACAAGAGCCAUGACCAACACCGGAGCAGGCACACGAAAUCAACCUCGCACCACCGCCAUCGCCGCCAUGAGCGGCGACGUUCUCGCAGUGCGGACAGACCGCCAUCUCCAGCUCCAGCUCAGGUGAAAACGGCUCCCCAGGGAGAGCCCUUGUUCGUCACGGAUAAACGAGGGGAUUCCCUAAUUGUGAGAUACGGGUCAAACGAACGCUCCAAGGUCCCUGCAUACCGUCGUUAUGGUGCAGGCAGAGUCCUGGGAGCGACGGGUAGGCUUCGCCUCAUCUACGAUGGCCCCAAGCAGCUUUUCAGCCUCGGAGGCAAGUUGGGAGACGGCCCGUCCGCCUUUCGAGACAGGAACAUCUUGGCCAAUGCAUCCCGGAAGAAGGUGCAGGUCUUCAGGUUGCGCUCGAAACCAGGUCAAGAUCAGGCAGAGCUCAAUGAAGACUGGUAUGAUUACAUCCCCAUGUCAGACUCUCGCAAGCGGAAGAGGGCCAGUGCCGAGCCUGAAGACGUCUCUGGGGAUGAGGGGCCGGAUUAUCGGUCAAUCCAAGGCAAGGCCAAGGCCCGUGACUUUUUUGAUAGUGAUCUCGAGUCUGCCGAUACCUCGGAUUCCGAGACCGAACCAGCCGUCGACUUGUCUGAUCCUGCGAGGCAAAGGUCUGUCGAGCUAUCUCGGCAGGUCAAGGAUCAUCCCGAGGACGUAGAUGCCUGGCUGGAUCUAAUUGAUCUGCAAGAGUCACUCCUCCGCCUGGAUGAGCACACUCGCCAAGAGAGGAGUGAUGAUGAAGCUAAAGGUCUAGCAAGCAUCAGAGUUUCUCUUCUCGAAGAGGCCCUGCCUCAUGCUCGAGACAAGAAAGGCCGUGAAAGAUUACUCUUGAGGCUCAUGCGCGAAGGCUCUCGAGCGUGGAGCGGUAAAACACUGACGAAACGCUGGUCCGAGGUCAGUCGCGAGGACGACAGCUUCGCUUUGUGGAAAACGCAUCUGAAUCAUAGGCUUUCAAACAUGGCAACCUUCACCUACGAUGAAAUGAAGAAGUUGCACUUUGAUCGUUUACAGCUACUGAGGCAACGCUUGGCCCGCAUUGAAACGAGCGCCACCAACGCUUCCUUAUUAGUUGAUAUCUGCAACGAACUCGUCUAUGUCUUCUUGAGGACCACACGAUUCAUUUACGACGCUGGCUACUCGGAGCUGGCAGUUGCCGCGUGGCAAGCCACCCUGGAGCUCACGUUUGCUCGACCUAGGGAUGCGUCCGACCUAGAGGCCGAUGAUCUGAUGUCGUCGUUCGGGGGACUUUUGGGAGAGCGAAGUCCCUCGUAUCGGCGAAGACGGUGCCAAAGGGUGGAUGCAUUUCGCAGAAGCAGAGGAAAUGGCCGACUUGCCAGAGUCGAGAUCCUACCCACCACCUGCACCACCUGGUUCAAACAUCCCAAUCGGCACAUGGCCUUAUCUACGGACAUCCUCUUCGCCAGCAUAACCUGGUUCAGCUAUGUCGAGCAUACAUCAUCUUCAGACCUUGACUUGGUUCUGAAGGUCACGACACAACUGGCUUUGAAUUUUGAUUUUGAUUCUGUCGCGGAAUACAGCCUGGCCUUGGCGUGGAAGAAGGAUCCCGCCGCUGUCAAAAAGGCAGCAAAGACGCUCCUGAAGCGAUACCCGUCGAACACGUGUCUGUACAAUGCAUACGCUCUUGCAGAGUGGCGGCAGGGAAAUGAAGAUGUGGCGAGGAAAGUUUUUCUGUCUGCGUCAAGUCAAGACUUAUCACUGAAGCAGCCCUUGUGGAACACGUUCGCCUGUUUGGAGCUCGAGGCGGGAAACAAGCACAAGGCUCUCGCUCUGUGCGUCUUAUCGACCGAAGAUCGAAGCGAUCAAAGCAUGGUUGGCAAACUCCUUGGUACCGAGGAUAGUAUAGCCCCAAGUCAGCUGCUGAAGACGCGGCAAAUGCUCUCCUCACACAGAGACUUCUUGCUCUCCUCCGGUGACCUCAGUCAAGCGUCAGUGUUCGCUCAGACCCUGUCCUUAUUCGAGUAUCUCUCCACCGAAACCUCGACGGAACCCUUGUCAUCCCAACAGGGCAGUAUCUCAGCGGCAGUGAGCAGCAUCAACGCCUUUACUUCCGACGUCAUAUCGCGCGGCCAUGGGUCAUCAGCCGACCUCGAGCGGCUCUUACAGUUCGCAGCACACCUGCUCUAUCUUCACGCCAGCAGGGGCCCAUUCCGACCACCGUUCGUGAGAGAGCAGCUAUACUCAUUCCUAAUGAUCUUCCCUUCUAACACGAUCUUCCUGAACCUCUUCGCCUGGGCCGACACCAGCCUCCUCCUCAACGACCCAGUGCGCGAGGCGCUGCGGGUCCUCGUACUGAGAGAACCCCACGACCGCGUGAGCAGCAGAGUGUUUGCCAUCCUCCACGAGCUCCACGCAGGGACCGUCCACUCGGCGCGCGCAGCCUUCGAGGCGGCCCUGGACAGCGAGAGCUGCAGAGGCAGCGCCGGCCUGUGGCGGGGCUACGUCCGCUUCUGCCAGCUGCACAAGAAGGAGCUCAGGGGCAAGGCGGCGGAGGCGUUCUACCGGGCCGUCGGCGCCUGCCCGUGGUCCAAGGACCUCGCCAUGGAGGCUUUCGGUACACUUGUGAAGGAUAUGGACUCGGCUGAUCUGAGGGGUGUGUUUGGUACGAUGGCGGCGAAGGGUUUGAGGAUCCACGUGGACUUGGAGGACUUCAGCCGGGAGUGGGCGAGGACGUCGAGGUGGAAGGAUUGA